UUUAUUUGCCAUGUCUCAAGAUAACGUUCUCUUCCAAGACUUGUUUGACAUCAAGGACAUUAACCCCAAUGGCAAGCGCUUUGACAGAGUGUCUCGUCUGCUUGCCCGUUCUGAGAAUUACGAGAUGGAUUUGACAUUGGAUUACAACUCUGAGAUCUACCCUCUCGAAGUUACCGACAAGGUUUCUUUGGUCUUGGCCUCUUCGCUCUCUCUUGAGGCUGUGACUGAAUCUGCCGUGACAAGUGCCGGUGCUGGUGCCGGUACAGCUCCCGAGAAGCGUGAGAGCUGGCGCGAACGUGCACCUGGAGAGCGUGAUUUGAGCGAUGAGUACGAAUAUGUUAUGUUUGGUAAGGUGUACCGUUAUGAUGAUGCUGCUAGUGGAAACGGUGCCACUGCCUUGUCAGUUGGCCAGAGAGUAUCUGUCUAUGCUUCAUUUGGUGGAUUGUUGAUGUGCUUGGAGGGUGAUUAUAGACAUUUGCAGAACAUCACCGUAGGAGAGAACAUCUAUCUCUUGCUGAGAAAGUAGUUUGAAUUAACUAGUUAAUUAAUUUACUAUAAAAAAAACCCCCACAAAAAAGUCAAAAAGAGAUACAGAGAGAAAGAGGUCAAAUUCACAUAUAUAUAUAUACACAAAACAAUACGCAUCUUCUUCUUCUUCUUCUUCUUUAAUUCACUGUUCUUCACCCAUUAUCCAUGAUAUAUUUCUGUUUUUCUUUUUUGAAUAUAUAUAUAAAAUUAAUAACCAAAGU